CUUUUAAGUAAGCCUCAUUGUGGUCUACAAUCUGUACGUUGUAUAAGUAUCAUUUCUAUCAUUUUUCCAGCAUGGGUUCUAUCGCCUCCGAGUAUCCCACUGUGGAUGGCAUCAUUGAUAUCAGGCAAUCCAAUGGACAUCAUGAUAUGAAGAGUGCCAUCCUUGAAGGUCUUGCUAAAAACCCUCGGGAGUUACCCUCGGUCCUCAUCUGGGAUAUUAAAGGAUUGGAAAUCUACGAUAAGCUUUGUCAAGAAUCGGCUUACUAUCCCCGAUCUUGUGAGAUAGAGAUAUUACAGAGACGUUGUUCGGACAUGGCGAAGACUUUUCCUUCUUCUUCGAUACUCAUUGAGCUUGGCUGCGGGAAUCUCCAGAAAACGGGCGCAAUCUUGGGAGCACUUCAGGCUCAGAAGAAAGAGGUCUUCUAUUAUGCUCUCGAUAUUUCCAUGGAAUCUCUCAGGCAAGGUCUGCGUGAGCUUUCAGCUGGGUUUUCUUCCUCCUCUGCCGUCCAUUUCGCAGGGCUCCUGGGCACCUAUGCUGAUUGUCUUCGCUGGGUCGAAUCUAUCUUCGAUAGCGUAUUGACCGAUAACAUUACAUUUCUGUGGAUGGGAAAUAGCAUUGCCAAUGCAGAAAUAGAAGACGCUAGGCAAAUGCUCAAAUCUUUUCGACAAGCCUGCAGAGGACGCUGCUCGUUCAUCUUUGGAGCAGAUGCAUGCUCUGACGCAUCACGGGUUCUUGCUACCUACAAUGAUAAGCCUGGUAACUUCCGCAGUCUGGUGGAAAAUGGUAUGCGGGGUGCAAACCUGGCAUUAGGACGCGAAGUUUUCAGUCUGGAGGAUUGGGAGAUAAGGGUCUGGUUCGAUCAACAAAGUAAUAUGAUCAGGUGCAGUCAUAUUUCGAAGCGUGACUUGAGCCUCGAUAUCGCUGGCCACCCUUUCUUCUUUAGCCAAGGGACGGAGAUCAAGCAACUUUUGAGCGGCAAGUGGUCGUAUGAUCAGAUUCUCUCUAUGACUCAGCGAGCCGGGUUUAAAGUUACCGACUUCUGGAUGAGUUCAGAGAGCAUAUACGGUUUCUAUCGAAUCAAUUCACAUAACCUUCGAAUCAUGUGAAAAGAAACUUUUCUGUGUUGGAACAAUGCAAUAACCUCUUACGCAUAAAGCUGUGCAGCUAGGCCGCACAAAGUCUUGUCUGUCCCAUCGAAUGUUCGUGCCAUGCUUGCCAGUUCCGUUCCAUUAUGACUUCGAUUGUGACCUGUAUCUCAUCUGCCACUUGAUUAUUACAAUUGGCGCUUGAUAUUUCCACUGUAAAAAACUCGUAAUCACAAUCCAUA